CAUCAUCCCGUGUUGCAACAUCGAACUGGUUUUCUCCGCUGGAUGCGGUAAUUCGACUCUCGCCAAUGAGGAAACAAAAACAUUGCAAUAAACUAAACUCGUGGCAGUUCGUUCUUCAAUCGAUCAGUCGUUCAGUCGUUCAUAGUUCGCUUGGCGGUUCGUUUUGCUCUUCACAUUUGAAAGUUUUUGAUCAAUUCCAGCGCGGAAAAUGGACGUUAAAUCAUUUCGGAUAAUCGGUUUGGUGUAUGUCGUGUUUUGCUGGAUGUUUUCCGCUCUUGGAAUCGUAUACUCAUUCCUUCACCUAGUCGUUGUAAACCCUUUCUGGGCCAAUAUCUUGUCCUACGAUGACGCUAUCAACUCUGCGAUUGUCAGUGCCUGCUUAUUCGUAUUCACACUGUCCUCGUUUUUUGUCGCAUUCGUGAAAGAAGGAAUCGAUGAGGGAAAGGCUUCCUUUAUCCGAAUAUACCGGGUUUUCGUGAUACUUCGAAACCUCGCACUGUCCGCUUUGUGGACCUACCAGUACGCUAUGCUGGAGGAAGCACGAAUUCAUGGAGACGCCUCGUCGAAAGUGAGGAAUGGUGACUAUAUCACCCUCGGGCUGUUUGUUGGAGCCAUAGUCAUCACCGGUUUGGAGCUGUGGAUUCUUAACGGUAUUCAGUGGUUAACGGAGCAGAAACUCGUCGAAGAGGAGUGCACUGAGGCGGCGUAGAAUCGUGUUUGCUAAUAGGGAAUUCUGUUAUAUAGUUACUCAGGGUUCCUUCGACUCAGUUCGCUGUAAAAAAAAGGAUUUUCGGUAUGAUGAAAUCACUGAUUGUGAUCUUCUGAAAUCGAAAUUAACAGGUUUUAUAUGAGAAACACAUAUUUUAAAACCGCUUCUUAAAAUUUAAAAGUACAAAAUAUCAUCUUGAAAUCUUUUGAUUUAAUAAUUGAGUAAAAGUCUCCAUCAUCAAAUUCCACGGAUGUCCCCCGAAAGUGGCGAAAGUUUUACGGUAUGUAAAGUUUCGAAAAAUCGUCGAUUUCUCUUCAAACCUUGCUUGUAGUGGUGAGAAAAAUACUUCAUUUUAUUCUUUUUUACUAAUAGUGACACUAUACAGAAAUAAUGUUUCGGACAAAUAGCACCAUUAUUGAUAUUUUUAAUAGUGGAUUUCCCCAUACAUUCUAAAGUCGACUUUCCACAAGCCCAUACGUUCAUAGGCGGCUCGCCCUCUGGUGGUGAGUACUGUCAGAAGCAGCAUGAAGCACCUAAUUCCGAAACAUAUAUUUUUCUAGCGGAGUGAGUGGAAGCAACCCUUUAGUUGAUUAUCUUUAACUUAAACGCUCACCAGACUAAGCAGCUACAACAUGUUAUAAGCCUAUAUUGAUGACUCUGUAGUAUGAACGUGGUAUUAGAUAUCAUAUCUUGAUGGACCCUACUGCGAUCCCAUACACUUAUUUUAAAAUGUACCGGUGUAACAUGAAAAUGGUACCGCUGUACCAUCGGGUUCCAUCAAUAUCGUGUUGGAUGUAGAUUGUAAUUAUUUUCCAAAAGAUGGUUCCAAAAUUGAUCACAUAGUAAUCGUACUAUUGAACGUAAUUGAUCGUAUUUGAGUUAACAUUUUUUGUAUAUUCAUAGUAAUCCUAUGAUAAUGAGCAUGCCAUGCUCGGGGUAAUAACUUUUUUUCUAUAAAUAAUUUAUUUAAUAAGGUUAAAAAGUCCAAAAGAACUCUACGGAGCCGAGAACAGUGAAUAAUAUAGUAAUAAAAAUAAUAUGCAUGAAAAACAAAAGUUCUUCUUAUUUUUCCUAGAAGGUUCUGGGAAGUUUCAGAAUCGAGCAAGGUAACGUGAUCCAUCAUGUUUGAAAGCAUCAGAAGAGAUGUCGUUAUCUGCGUUGUUUGCUUCUUUUGUCUUCGCGUGUGCUCCCGGAACAGAAAUUUAAGACAUCGUGAGUGAUAGUUUUUAACAUCGUGAGUGAUAGUUUGUGCUGA